UUGGUUGGGACAGCAGGUAACAUUUGACCUUGCUGCUGGAUUCUGUCACUGACUUGCCUUGGUUAACCAACAAAUGCCCCAAACAACCAAAUGAAGAUCAGAUUUCUAUCCCAGUGCACUGGUGCACUAUUGCCUGCUGCUGUGUCGAUGAAAACUCCUGGUACUAAAUCUUGUAUUAAUGAAGAAAAUCAAACCCUUAUGGAAGUCUUUGGGGCAAAUGAAGAAGAGCUCCUUGGACAGACAAAAUAACCCAGCAGGAAAUAAGACACCGUGCUGAAAAAUUGUCUGCCUUCUACAGUUCUCCAUCUGGAAAAUAAAUCAGACACUGGAAGUCUUCUGAAGAGGUGUGGUGUUACUCUGUAUGGGCGGGUGCCUGAAGCCUUCUGAAGAGCCUUUGCUGUGGUGUGUCUGCUGCUGUUAACUGUGAUGAAGAUUUCAGACCCUUCAACUGAAGUCUUCAUAGAGAAAGCAAACGGCUUGAAACUCUGAAAAACAAAUGGCAACUGGUUUCAGGAGCUCCAUGACUUCCCUCUGACGUCUCCCUGUGACGUUUUGGCUACAGAGUCCAGAAAGCGGAGGAGGCGGCAGCGCCGCGGAGCGCAGUCCCGGUGUCUCGGAGUCCCGGCGUCUGAGCAUGAGCGCGGCCGUGCGGACGGUGCGGGCUGCGGGCGGGGGCCGCUCGGUGUGCGUGCAGUGGGAGGACGGGAGCGAGAGCAGCUACCCGAGCGUGUGGCUGCGGGACAGCUGCCAGUGCCCGCUCUGCUUCCUGCCCUCCGCCGGGGCGCGCAGGCUGCGCCUCGAGGACCUGGAUGUGGACAUCGUGGCCAAGCAGGUUGCUCUGGCAGAUAGCAAAAAGAUCUCUAUUACAUGGCCUGAUGAACACACAAGUGAAUAUGAAGCUGAGUGGUUGAAAAAACGAUGCUUCUCUGAAGAAGCCAGAGCUGAAAUGCGAGUAGAUUUAUUUUUGCCAGAACAUCAGUACUGGGGCUCAGACCUUCAACUUCCCAAAAUACCUUUUGAAGAGAUCAUGUACAAUGAUGAAAGUGCAUACAGGUGGUUGUGCACCCUAAAGAAAGUAGGAAUUGUUCUACUGACGGGAGCUGCUACAGGGCAAGGAGAAUUGAUUAGACUUGGCCACAGGAUUGGGUUCCUGCGUCUCACAUUUUAUGGACCAACUUGGCAAGUGCAAGACAAAGCAGAUGCUAACAAUGUAGCAUACACAACUGAGAGACUCUGUUUUCACACUGAUUACCCUGCUCUGCAGCAUCCACCUGGGGUUCAGUUUCUUCAUUGUAUAAAGCAAACAGCUGCAGGAGGUGAAAGUGAAGUUGUAGAUGGAUUUCAUGUAUGCAACAAGCUGAAGAAACAAAAUCCUGAGGCAUAUCAGAUCCUGUCCUCUACUGCUGUAGACUAUACUGAUGUUGGGGUGGAUUACUGUGAUUUUGCUGUGCACAGCAAACAAAGGAUUAUACACACAGAUUCUAGAGGUCAAGCAAUUCGCAUCAAUUUUAACAAUGCAACAAGAGACACAGUGUUUGAUAUACCAGCUGAAAAAGUGAGGCCAUUUUAUGCAGCUCUAAAGGAAUUUAAUGAUUUAUUGAACAGCGCAGAACACAAGUUUACUUUCAAGAUGAAACCAGGAGAUGUACUGACAUUUGAUAACUGGCGUGUGCUUCACGGCCGCCAAGGCUACCCAUCCUGUCCAGAAGUGACACGUCACCUGGAAGGUGCCUAUGCAGACUGGGAUGUAGUAUUGUCAAGGCUCCAGCUCCUUAGGAAAAGGGUCCUGAAGAGGUCUAGGCAAUGAAAGGUGAUGCUUCCCUGGGAGAUCUGCAGUUUUCCUCUGUGGAAGCAGGGAGCAGAAGUUAGCCAAGGAAGAAAUUCAGUUGGGACUGAAAUUUGCAGGUGAAUAAAUAAAUGCUGAUGAUGAGAAGUAGCCCCAAGGAGUGUGGAUGAGUAGGAAAGCACAAAGGGGAAGCAGGCUACAGCACUUCCUUGUAGGAAGGCAGAAACCCCAAAAUCUAAGACACAAAACUUUCUCCUAAAAGAAAAAAGUACCCAAAAGGUGAUUUUGUGCCUUUUUUUCUUUUUUAGAUCAGAUUGCUUAUGAAAUAUUAAAUGCUUCACGUUGCAGAACAA